UAACAAACCAGGAAGUGUACUGGGUCUGAGGUGAACCAGGAUGUUGUAUUUGGAGAAAACCGUAGCUUACAUUAGCUCAUUACAUGUGUUUCCAUCCAGCUGUUUUUAUUCACAUUUGCAUUUGUGUAUUAAAAACAUAGUGGAAAUACUGACCAUUUUAGAAAAUCAAAAGUGAGGUGGAAGGUGAGUGCAGGGAAACAGAUUUCGCCAGUCAUUAGCUGUCGGGGUUUGUGGUGAGCAGUACGACUGGAGUGGUCACAGAUUCAAUAGAAGAAACAAACAGGAAUUCCCCAUGACAUGGAGGCAGCAGCGAAAACCACCAUCAGACAAAGGCUAACUGUGGCAGAGUUUUGGACAUUAUAUUCUCCACAUCUAUUAAUGGUUCAUGGUUAACUCGUCUGAUUAUCCCUGUAGGGACAUUCAGUUUUUCCAUUCUCCCCAUCCCAAUACACACACACUAGCAUUAGCAUGAUGACGAUGAAGAACAUGAACAUACUCUUCGUCUUUGUUAACAGCAAUAAUAAAAACAUGCAUAAAAUCACAAUUUCUUUUUGGCGAUUUUCAGAAAAUGUGGGUAAAAUUUGGGAUACAUUUAGAUGGAAACCUAUUAGAAAUUAGAAGUUUUCCAGUUUCAGAUCCAUCAGCACUAACGUGGGCUCGGUCCCCUCCAGUCCGGCAGAACACCUCAGCACCAUCUUCUACCUUUAGUCGGAAACACUGGCCAUAACAUCCACAAUUACACCGACUUGAAAACAAGGCUCAUAGACACCAGCCAUAGCCACACAGCCAGCCCUUUUCACAUUCAUACUUAUACAUGAGAAAAUGGAAAGAUUGGACCACAAAAUAACUGAACUGACCUCAGUCCAGACCGUACUUGUGUUUUACUUGACCUCUGUCGAACCAAUACUGAAUUUACAUGCAAUGAUUAGAGGUAUAACAUUGUCAAUAACCAAAAAGAUGACCACUUGCCUUCUACUUAAACUCCUAAAUUACAGUAGAUCCCACAAAACUACUGUUGUAAAGUUGAAGUCGGUCUUGUUUCUGUGAUGUGUCGCAGCUGUGUGCCAGUCCACAUGCAAAGAUCCCGUGUGUUUCCUGUGUAAACUGACAAUCGCUUCUUUGUUCACUCUGUGGUCGAGGUGUAUGAUCUGUGGAUGUGAAAGUGUGAGUGUUGAGUUCAAGAGCAGCCUGUCCUUUCAGCUCCAGAAGGGCCCUAACACACUCUUCUGUCUUUCCCCAGUCGGAGCAGCUUGACAUGGGGGAGCCGCUGAAGGAAAACCUGCUGAGUGUCAGGAAACCUGCGGUGGGACGCACACACUCCCUCCCAAAUGACAGCUACAUGUUCCAACCCCUGCAGCCCUUUGGCCCGUCAGCUCCGCACAGUUCAACAGAGCUUCUAGCACAGACCCAGGGGCCCCAGCACAUAUCGGGCUCCCACAGGGGCCAAUCAGGCUCCAGCAGCUCUGUGCGUUCACAGCCGGAGGAGUUCCCCCAUCAGCUUCAUGUUCCCUCAGACCUGUUCAGACCCAUCAGCCCCCACAGCCUGUCCGACUCAGAGGAUAGACCCCGCCCACCGCCUCCACCGCGCACACACACGUUCAGCCGCACGCUCCGCAGACAGGUGGCUGUUUCUACUGAUUCUCAGGAGGCGCUGUGUUCCGAUGGAGGUGAAAGCAGUGAAGGACUUCUGGAUGUGGCCUCACUAGGCCUCCCUCCAUCCCCCUCCUCCUCCUCUUCUCCCCCCACCCCCUCCUCCCCCUGUUCCCUCCAUCAGCCUGUGGUUUGCCUGGUUCCUGCCACGCCGGGCACUUCUUCUAACCAGUCACAGCCCGGCAGCGUCCACACCCAGCACAAUGAGCAGCACUGCCUCACCUCCUUCUCAGCCACGCCUCCUCCACCACCGUUACCAGCCAGGCCACUCCCACAGGAGGAGUCCUUGGCGGAUCAGGAGGUGUCCCUCAUCACCUGUGCAGGAUUUGCCAGGAGUGAUGACAUCAGCAGCAGCGGCGGGCUGCGGUCGGAGGAGGCGGUUUACAGCGGGGACGGAGGCGGUUACACCACCUGCCAGGAGAGUCCCAGUCCGUGUCUGAGGCAGCUCAAAAGGUUCCACAGCGUUGACACUCACGGCCGCAGCGCUCUCCUUCCCCGGCCGAGGCCCUACUCCUGGUUGGACGAUCCGCGGCGCCACUCGGUGGAGGUGUGCUCCUCGGCGGAGUCCAGCCCCCAACGCAGCUCCGCCUCCACCUCCUCCGGCUUCGUGUCCCGGGCCGACAGCCUGCAGACCUCCACUCAGACCUCGCUGCCCUCCCCACGGCGCAAGAAGAAGAUGAGCCCGCCUUGCAUCUCUGUGGACCCCCCCGACGGACCGGAACCUCAGUCGGGCCUCUACUCAGGUCUGGGGGGCGUGGCCCUGGGCGGACUGGGGAUGGCGCCACCUCUGCCCAACAGAGACACCUGCCUGAGGCGGAGGGCGCCCUCCAGCGACUCCAAGGACUCCUUUGACCUGGGGGUGGGGGAGGGGUCAGGACAGGAGGGGGGGUCGCCAAACCCCAGCACCAACCCCAAGCUAUUGACUCUUCCAAGUUUCUCCUUUGAGAAGACAAGCUCUGAGCACUGAACACACACACACACACACACACACAACACACACACACCGCAGGACGAAUGACAACCUCCACACAAACAAACCCACGAUGCACCACCAUGUGUAUCUGUGACGGUGAUAGUUGUAGUAAUAAUGCUGUAGAGAGUAAUAAUGGUCAAACUACAACCAACAGUAAGAGCUCCUCAGUCUGGAGGAGCGCAGUACUGUAGUAGUGUGAGCAUCCCUCGUCUGUGUGUUGUUACUGCCAAACCACAGGAGAACCCAACACUCCUGGGACUAAUGUUCCACAUCUGCAUCUG